GUGGGAUAGUAACACCUUUGGGGGAAAGAAAAUUGGCUUCCUUUCCUGAAAACGGUGAAUGUACAGCAGAUGGUUGCCCAGGAGGAACAGUAGUCCAAUGGAGACCCUCUAUGUUUUGUACUAGGAAACAGAAUCAGUUGUAAGAGUCCAUGUUGAUCUUGGCAGUAGAAGGAUUAAAAGAAGUUGAGUUUCCACAAAGAACAAGAACUUUACCAUCUCCUUUUUGAUCUGAAGACCGGAGGACAAUGGAUAUCAUAGAGACGGCAAAACUUGAGGAACAUAUGGAAAACCAAACCAACGAUCCUGCGAACACUUACGCAAGACCUGCUGAACCUGUUGAUGAAGAGAACAAAAAUGGCAAUGGGAAAACUAAGAGUUUAUCCAAUGGGUUGCGAAAGGGCACCAAAAAGUACCCGGACUAUAUCCAAAUCGCUAUGCCCACGGAAUCGAGGAACAAGUUUCCCCUAGAGUGGUGGAAAACGGGCAUUGCCUUCGUGUACGCUCUUUUCAACCUCGUCCUGACAACCGUCAUGAUCACGGUUGUGCACGAGAGGGUCCCUCCCAAGGAGCUCAGCCCUCCACUCCCAGACAAGUUUUUUGAUUACAUAGACCGGGUGAAAUGGGCAUUUUCUGUAUCAGAAAUAAACGGAAUUAUAUUAGUUGGACUAUGGAUCACCCAGUGGCUAUUUUUGAGAUACAAGUCAAUAGUGGGGCGCAGAUUCUUUUUUAUCAUUGGAACUUUGUACCUGUAUCGCUGUAUCACGAUGUACGUUACUACUCUCCCUGUGCCUGGAAUGCAUUUCCAGUGUGCUCCAAAGCUCAACGGAGACUCUCAGGCAAAAGUACAGCGGAUUCUACGGUUGAUUUCUGGUGGCGGGUUGUCCAUAACUGGGUCGCAUAUCUUGUGUGGAGACUUCCUCUUCAGCGGUCACACAGUUGUGCUGACACUUACUUAUUUGUUCAUCAAAGAAUAUUCACCUCGUCACUUCUGGUGGUAUCAUUUGAUCUGCUGGCUGCUGAGCGCUGCUGGGAUCAUCUGCAUUCUUGUAGCACACGAACACUAUACUGUCGAUGUGAUCGUUGCUUAUUAUAUCACAACACGGCUCUUUUGGUGGUACCAUUCCAUGGCCAAUGAAAAGAACUUGAAGGUCUCUUCACAGACUAAUUUCUUGUCUCGAGCAUGGUGGUUCCCCAUCUUUUAUUUUUUUGAGAAAAACGUACAAGGCUCAAUUCCUUGCUGCUUCUCCUGGCCACUGUCCUGGCCUCCUGGCUGCUUUAAAUCGUCUUGCAAGAAGUAUUCACGGGUUCAGAAGAUCGGUGAAGAUAAUGAAAAAUCUACCUGAGGAGCAAAACAAAAGGCAUCAGCUCUUAGACCAAAAGAGUUAUCGCUGUAACCAAAGGUAUAGUUUUGUUUUUGUUUUUAUUUUAGGAGAACUGAUUGCUAGAUGAAGCAGACCAAAUUUUGUGCAAAUGAUUAGAAAGAUGAACGAAGUAUUACCCUUUGACUGGUUUUUUAUUCAUCCUGAGAAAGUUAUAUUCUCCUGCAGCUCUUCAUUCAUUGGUCACAAGCCCUCAAACUGGGAUUUUACUAAUGAGCUUGUUACGGAGGUGCCAGAGAACAUACUGUUCCUUCCCUCAUUCUUUCUCCACUAAAGCUCUCCACUUCAGAAUUUUUUUCAGGAUUUUUUUUUCCCUCCAAGUUCAAAAGAAUUUGUUAAUGUUUUAAAUAAAAAUCUGAUAUA